GAUAUUCAGAUUCUGUAAAUCAAAAUGCCACAGAAACUUUAAAAAGAAGCGAAAUCCCAGAAAGAUGAGAUGGACCAAAGCAUUCCGGAAAGCAGCUGGCAAAGAAUUGACAGUGGAUAAUUCAUUUGAGUUUGAAAAACGUAGAAAUGAACCAGUGAAAUACCAGAGAGAGUUGUGGAACAAGACCGUUGAUGCAAUGAAGAGAGUGGAGGAAAUAAAGCAAAAACGCCAAGCUAGAUUUAUUAUGAACAGAUUAAAGAAGAGCAAAGAGUUGCAGAAGGCAGAAGACAUCAAAGAAGUCAAACAGAAUAUCCACCUUCUUCGUGCUCCGCAUGCAGGCACACCAAAACAGCUGGAGGACAAAAUGGUGCAGAAACUGCAGGAGGAUGUGGCUAUGGAAGAAGACUCUUAAAAUGCUUUAAUUUUCUAUUUAUAUUUCUUCAGCAAUUAACAGUUCCUUACUGCCUCACCUGACAUCAUUCAGAACUGUACUUACGGUCAAGAAAAAUAUAUUUUAAUGAAUAGUGAUCAUUUACACUUUGAAUUAUUAUUAUUUUUUUAUAAAAAAAUAGGAAGACAGGUACUGGUUUGGGCCGUACUUACAAUUCUGUAAUUUGAGAAGAACCUUGUCAGCAAUAAGGCAUAUUGUUUGAAAUACUAUGUGCUCCU